AUCAAUCUCAAUCACCGAAUAUAUAUUACAACUACGAAUAAUUGAUUUAAAUGAAAUUAUAAUUACAAGUGGUGGUACUGAAUCAAAUAAUUUAGCUAUUCGUGGAAUUCGUAAAUCAAAUUUAAAUAAACUUCAACAUAUUAUAACAAGUCAAAUUGAACAUACAUUUGUUAUGAAUGCUCUUUCAUAUUCAUACGAUCGAAAUAUUUCAUAG